UUGAUGACACUAUUUUUCGUAUUAAGGAGCAGCAAAAGCUUACGGAUGAGCUACUACGCGGCCAAGAGCAACAAUUAGCUGUUGUUAGAAAUGUUACAGUUACUCCACUUUAUCAACAGAAAAUGAUUAUAAACUCACUGAUGAAACAAAAACUAGUGAAGGAUGACAUAUGGUGCCUUGUUAGUAGCCACUGGUUCGAGAAGUGGACCAAGUUCAUUGACAUUGCCCUCAGAGUUGGAAUUGACGGUUGCAACAGAAGCUCUCAUCCUGGGCCUGUCACUAACUUCACUCUUAUAAAGUUUAUCAAGUUUCAACCAACCAAGAUGAAGAAAGACUUUACGGAAAACGUGGACUACAUAUUGAUCCCUGAGAUUGGCUGGGACCUCCUAAUACAGUGGUAUGGGAUUAGUGAAAAAUCAAUGAGACUGUCAAGAAAAGUUGUGAAGGCUCGAAAACAUGCAAUUGGAAAGCUCAUGGUGGAAGUAUACCCAAUAACUGUACUGGUUCAACUCGUUUUUCCUGAUAGCUCAGAUGAUGGUAAAAUUGAUUAUGAAGUCAGCAGAAGUGAUACAGUUGCAUUCGUUAUCGAGAAGCUAAAGGAACUCCUUGACGUACCUGCUAUGAAUGAGGCACGACUUUGGCUUCAACGCUCUGACAAAAAGAUAUUGCUCAAACAAACGGACACCAUGGGAGACAAUAAAUCACCUUCCUCUGUGGAAGACAAUGAUACACUUAUUCUUGAAGUUAAGAAAGGUGGCAAAUGGACUUUUCAAGAUGACAUUUCAAAACCAAGGGAAAGGUAUUACUACAUGCAUCUAGUCAACUUACCAAUGUCUUCAACUAAUGAUGAUUCCGAUUAUGAAGUUAUGUCCUGAGCCAUGUUUUUUCUGUACUUGUUAUUAAAAUGUUUUUAGCACAGAGAACACUUAAACAUUAAAUUCAAACAUUAUCAUUAAAUUUUCAUGAUGCAU